GCCCCGCCGCCGCCAGCGCCAUGACGGCCGCCGUCUUCUUCGGCUGCACCUUCAUCGCCUUCGGGCCCGCGCUGGCCCUCUACCUCUUCACCAUCGCCACCGACCCGCUGCGCAUCAUCUUCCUCAUCGCCGGAGCUUUUUUCUGGUUGGUGUCCCUGCUGCUCUCCUCCCUUGUUUGGUUCAUUGUCGUAAGCAUCAGCGGGACCGAUGACGCGUCAGUACAGAAAGGCCUGCUUAUCUUCGGAGUGCUGUUUUCAGUCAUUAUCCAGGAAGUCUUCCGUUUCGCUUAUUAUAGGCUCCUAAAAAAAGCCAAUAAAGGUUUGAUGACGAUAAGCCAGGAGGAAACUGUCCCCAUUUCUGUAAGACAGUUGUCAUAUGUGUCUGGCUUGGGUUUUGGGAUCAUGAGUGGAGUAUUUUCCCUUGUAAAUAUCCUGGCUGAUUCCUUGGGACCGGGCAUAGUCGGUAUUCAUGGAGAUUCUCCACAGUACUUCCUGUCUUCUGCAUUCAUGACUCUGGCUAUCGUGCUGCUGCACAUCUUCUGGGGAAUUGUGUUUUUCGACGCCUGUGAGAAUAAAAAGUGGUGGGCUCUUGCUCUGGUCAUCCUGAGCCAUCUGCUGGUGUCGGGCUUGACGUUCCUGAAUCCUCAUUACGAGGGAAGCUUAAUUCCAUCAUACAUCAUCAUGCUGCUCAUGGGCGUCUGGGCAUUCUUCACUGCUGGCGGUUCCCUUAGGAAUCUAAAGCGUUGCCUCAUGUGCCGGGACAAGGACUUCCUCCUGUCUAACCAGCGGGCCAGAUAACAUCUGAAAGUCAGGACGCCCUGGAAAACUUUCUGCAUUUUAGAGGACAUAUGACUGGUGCCUUCUUCUAAAAUUCUCUUUCCCCUACUGAAGUUAGGAAAAAAGAUUCUAGAUAAGAGCCUGUCUGGUCAUUUGACUUUUGUCUAGAAGCUUACUGAAAAUCACAUUUGGGGUGAGAAGGCUGUGGGAGGGAUCCUGGGGAAGAACAGAAAUGUUUAGUUUCUCUUUCGGCACAUGGCGUGGGUUGAAUUAAUAUGUCGGAGUCAUAAAUAGCAAAUCUGCGACCUUUACAUUUGGUUCAGCUUAGUAGUAAAGGGCUAAAAUUCAUGUGUUUGUAUGACUUAAGGCAUCUUGUUUGCUCUGGGCCUAAUCCAAAUAAUUUAGCAUCUUAGUAAAAGGUAUCAAGUGACCCUCUAGAUACAAUAAUGCAAUGUCACUUGUUUCCUAGGGUGAUUUCGCCAAAAUAAGAUAUUUACUAUUAGUCUGUAUUUAAAGGAUUUUGUUGCAUUUCAGACUGGCUUUCUGAAGAGUUAAGUGUAUUUUUCUUUGUAAAUUUAGCUGCAGUCCCUCAGGAUAUUUCGAGUUUUUUUGCUGAGACUACUACAAGAAGAAUGCAUGACAUUGCCAAAGUGGAUUUUGAAGUGAACCUCGAUUCUGUUUUGUUGACCCAGAGGCAUCAUUGGUUUCUGAUCAGUUGGGACAGUAUUUGAAAAGGAGGGAUUUUUGAACAAGUCUGCAAAUGCUGCAAGUUGGACUCUUACUUCUUUCAAAGGUCUUUUUUCACAGAUUAUGCCCCCUGGCCACCGGCUGCAUUUUGCUAAAUUUUGUCUAAAAUUUAGGACUCUUUUUGGACUCUUGAGAAAAGAGCGUAGCAGUUCUCUACUGGGCAUGCUCUCUAAGAAACCAGGUUGUGUGGAAGGACAGUUCUUUUAUAACAGGAAGGUUUAUUUGGUUAUUUUUUAAACCAACUGACUCAGCUAAUACAGGGGUAUGAAUUUUCUUCUUCAAAAUGGUGUAGUUUCCUAAGAGUUAUGGCAUACUGUAAAACUGAAUUGUAUCAGAAACAACCAAAUUUUCUACAAGUGUAUAGUGAUAGAUACACAUUUCAAGGCACGUGAAGUUUUGCAAAUGCAACCUCUCACCUGUACAAACUCCUAAGAUAUUCUGGGAAAAGGAGUAUUUUGUGGGUAGGUGGUGGUUUGAAAUGGAAAUUCUAGAUAAAUGAAAAAUCUGACUUUUUGGUGCACAGAAAACCCCACGAAAAGACUUGCAAAGCGUUAAUGAGAGGUGAUGUGCUGUACUCUAGCAUGCCAGACCAGUGAGCUUGGAAGUGCUUUGGCCCAGAAUGAAGACUUUAAAAAAAAAACAAAAACAAUUAGGAAAGCAAGGUGGCCGGGGUUCUGUUCUGAUUUUAUAUAAUUUGAAAGGAGUCCAAUGAGUGGACCUCUGUUUGUAAGUUGAAAGACUACAAAUGUACCCUGUUAGCAUUUUUUGUUAUUAUCAUGAAAAAGGAUAUGGUUUCAAUUGGAACACUUCAUUUAUCCUUGCAAUUUGCCUUACCCCUUCUUUUUGUUACCCUUCUGCUUCUUCCCCUUUUUAGCCAUUUUAUAGUUUCAUGUGUUCCUGGACACCUCUGCCUCAGAAGUGGAGAAGUAAAGGCAAUUUAGUGUCCGAAGAAUAACAUUUCCUGUGUGUAACCCAGUGAUGUGAGUUUUACAUGUUGAACUGGAGUUCAUUUCUUUCCUUCUUUCAUUUGAGACUGCUUCCCCACCCCCUGCAGCCCCCUGACCAGGAGGAAGCAUGUUGCUAAUAGCAACUUUUAAGUGUAAUCUAUCUUAAACAGGUAGUCGGUGAGGAUAGCUGUUCUCACAGAUACCUGUUGGACCUUCUGUACAGUUAAUACAAUUUGCAAGAUAUGCACAGAGCUGUGGAACAAUUUAACUUUUAGCUCUAAAGAGCCUCAUCAGACCCCUAAGUUAUGUAUAGAAAUGAAUAAGAAGGGCAGGGAUACUUCAAAAUCGCUCAAAUACCUUCAAAAAGUACAUUCAAGAAGAAAAUUGCACAUUUUUUCUUUUUUACAAUACGAGGACCUGCUAAAUAUCCUAGCAGAACUGUUCAUAAAUAAAGUGUCAGUGUAUUAGCAUUGUCCCUGUAAGGUGAAUGAAGACUUUUUAAAAAUAUGCAUUAAUGCUGAUGCCAAGGGGCUCAGAAGGGGCACUCUCUCUGUGAGUAUGUCAAGAGUACAUAUUAUCUUUGUAACUUUAUAGUAAGACUUAUUACCUCUAGGUCAACCCUGAAGUUGAUUGGGAUGGAUUCCAUUCUGGAAGCCUGUCCACCUCAACCCAGAAGAAAACCUGGAACUUCCAACACUACCGUGGAAUUUUAAACAUCGGAGCUUAGCCUCCGAAUGCAAAUUAUCCAGAGUGUUUAGCCCCCGUCCCCUCCAAAAUAGCCUUGGUCUCAGUUAUCCAGGCACAUCAGACAAAGGAUUUUUUUGGCUUGAAGUUUGUGAAGAGUUGAAACCAAAGUGUAUUUUUAUGCCACAGGUAACCAGAUAAUGUAUUUAAGAAGAUCCACGCUAUCUGGCGGGACUCAUGUAUAUUGCUGUAUAAAUUGUAGAGAUCGGAGGUGAUCCAAUCAAGCAGACGUGCCUGCUGUAGUUCUUGUGAAAUAGUAGCGUGUUGUAACUGGAGAGGUUUUAUUGACUUUCAGCUCUGGUUCUGGCAAUGGGAGAGAUGAGAAACUUACUGCUGAUGUAUUUUAAUUAUGCCCUGAAUUGUAUUAGAAAAAUGACUUCUGUCUCAAGCAUCUGUAAUUUUAUUUUUUAAGUACAUUUUAAUGCUUGGCCUGAAUGGCAGGUUUAUUCCCUAAAGGGACCAGUCCCUUUCUGUCUAGAAUAAGUGCAGUAAAGAAGCAGUAUCAGCAUAAACUGGCCCCCACGUGCUACUUUUCUGACAUAUUUCAGCCCUCAUUUGGAAGACCCAAAGAUGAAAAAGACAGUUCCGGCUCAGGGCCUCUGGCUUGCAUGUUCAUGAGCUUACAAGUAAAAAUGCCAGUGAACCCAAAGUGGCCUAAGACCUCUGUGGCAUUACUCGUGGGCUGCUGGAGAAAGUCAUCCUCUAGUAAUUGCCAUUGUUUCCACAGUCCACCACCUUUUUGUUUGACCAUUCCUUAAGCUUUGGAGUUGUUAGGUGUGACCAACCAUCACAGUGAUCCUUUUUGGAACAAAGAUUUUCCUACCAUCUAGUAUUUUUUUUUAAUGUUGUACUCAUGACUAAAGAUGUUUAUUUUCUUAGGUAAAAGUCAAGAUGAUGUGUAUUCAGUUGAAGUCUUCUUAGAUCAAUUGAUACUGUUUGAGUAUCAAGACUUUAAAUUGUUACAUGAGUUGUACUGUUACUUGAUAUGCAGUGGCGAUAGCUGGUCUUGGUUUCAAUGUCAUGUGACAUAAUCUUUAAACUACCAAUAUUUAUCAUUGAACAAUAAUAAAAAGGGUAAUGUUUGAUUCUUUCAA